CAAAUUUACAGGGAGUUAUUGAACGCAUCGCCAAUGCACGCUGAAAAGUUUAGCUGCAGUGCCUAGCUAGUCUCUCAAAGCAGUCGCCGUUUAUUAUAUAUAAAGUUGUUUUUGUUACGUUUUAACAGUUUGAUUCGAGGAGAAACUGCUACGCUUCCUGGUAUUUAAUAAAGUUUUAAUUCAAACGGGAACGCCGCUUUGGGACGCUAACGCAUGUUAGCAUUAGCUUACGGGAUAACCCCAUGUCCGAGCAGCCGUCAGUGUCAGCAGCACAACAUGUGGAGGAGUUUAGGGCCAGUUUUACUGCAGGACAACAGAGAGAACUGGCGAAGAGACUCACCACGUUUCUGGCUCAGUACAGCCAUCUGACCGACUCUUUUAUUAUUGAGUUCUUCACUGAAAAUCUCUGGCAGACAUUACCCAGACCCUGGCAGGCGGUGCUGCAGGACCUCUCAUACCCGCAAACUGCACGUCUGCUGCUGGAUGCUUCCCAUGAUGAAGACAGGAGGUACCCGUCGGUGUGGCCCCUGUCCCUCCUGGCUUUCCGUGCCACAGCUCAUGCUCUGGCCUUUCCCAGAGAGUGCAGGCCUGACCGAGGCAGGGUGGCUGGUUCGCAGAGGCCUGAUGAGUUCCUGAAGAACCAGAGUCAGAGUUCUUUACUGGGCCACAUAUUCAGGAAGCACGUCAAACCCAAGAAACAGCAUGAGAUCCGAAAGCUCGGCACGCUUGUUAAACAACUCUGUGACCAGACAGGCUGCAGGAGAGUGGUGGACGUGGGCUCUGGCCAGGGUCACCUGAGCCGUUUCCUGUCCUUCGGGCUCGGACUGUCAGUGACGGCUAUUGAGGCGGAUCACACCCUGGCUGCUAUGGCCGUCAAGUAUGAUGGAGAGUUACUGUGGACCCUGGAGAAAGAAAAACAGAAAAAGAGCUGCUCCUUUCAACCUCCUGAAGCACGCUCCGUUCCACGGCACAUCGCUGGAUGGGUGAACCCCAGAGCAUCAUGGGAAGCUUUUAUCAAGCAGCUGGAAUAUGCAAAUCACGCCAUGGAAGGAGCCCAGACUUCAUCUGCACCCAGCAAAAAGAGACGUGCAGAUCUAACUCAGACCGAUGGCCUUUGGCUCAGUUCAGACCGGAGUGAGCGUGAACAGAUGCCGUCUGAGGGACGCUGUUGUUCAGACAUCCGGACGUUCUCUGAAGAGGCCAGAGACGCCGAGGAGACCCGUCUGCUGGACUAUCCACACUUUGUCCUGACUGGUCUCCACGCCUGCGGCGACCUCAGCGCCACCCUCCUCCGCCACUUUGUCAGCUGCCCUCAGGUCCGUGGCAUCACCUCAGUGGCGUGUUGCUACAUGAAGAUCACAACCAAAGAAAACCCCACCCCUCCAGGACUGAUCCCACCUCCCACUCCACUCACACCCGGUGCUGAGGCAGCUCCCCUUGGGUUUGGCUACCCGAUGAGCUCCUGGGUGAGAGGGUUGCCUGGACACCAGCUCUCCUAUAAAGCACGGGAGGGGGCGUGUCAUGCUGUGGAGGACUACGCGCGGAGGCUUGUGGAGGAGAGCCAGCUGCUGCGGACGCACUGUUACCGAGCGAUGCUGGAGACGUUCAUCAGGGACGCGAGACCGGACCUCCGCAGGGCAGGAAUCCAGACCAUAAAGAAAGCCCACUUAUUAGCUUUUACUGAAUACGCCCGUCUGGGCCUGCCGCGCGUCGGCCUGCCUCCUGAUUUAGCCCUGGACCAGGAGCGGGUGGCGGCCAUGUUGGAACAGCAGAACAAAGUGGUGGUGUACUUCACUCUGAGCCUGCUGCUCGCUCCUGUGGUGGAGACCUUGGUGCUGCUGGACAGGAUGAUCUAUCUGAAGGAAAACGGUCUGGACAGUCAGCUGAUUCCUCUCUUCAAUCCAAAUUUUUCCCCAAGAAACUUUGUGCUGGUUGCUCUGAAGCCGUCCAGAUAAUUUGUACAAAACGCAGCCCAUGCACUGGUUAACCUGUUUGUAGCAGAAUGGAUGCAGGAAGUUAAGGCUUUGCCUUACUAGCUGGGAUAAGUUAGCAGUCGUGUUUUCAUCAGUGUUUGUGCUGCAUGGAUAUCAGAUUUACAGGCUGAUGUAGAUUGUUGUGUAAAGCCUUCUAAAAGGGAAACUAUUCAGGAAUAGCUCUAUAAUCUGAAAAUAAAGUGUGUGCCAAACUGCCAUAUUUAUAUUUUUACCUCCAAAUCGUGACUGUCUUCCAAAAUUUGACUCAUGGUUUGGUUUCUGAUGACGUGGUUGUUGUAACAUUGCUGUAUUUUAUUUUAACUGUAAGUUAUUUUAUCCAUUUUUUUAAAUGACGUUUUAGGUCUCGGUCAUCUUUGCUUCUGCACUGUGACCUAAUGUGUAAAAUAAAAAAAUAAUCUAAAAAAUAAAGCUUUAGGUUUUUGCAGCCAA